CCAGGAGAGCAGUUGCAAGCACUGGGAGAGCAGCCCAAUUUGGAGGUACAGCCCUUCCUUCCCAUCCUGGGUCUUGGAUAGGAUCUGGAGAGACUCUGCAGCUAGUGGCGCUGCCUGAAGAUUUUUCCUGCUAUCAUGUCUCAGAGGAAGAAAGUGCGGCCAAGUUCUGCCUCAGGGAAGUUAGAAACAUUCAGCCUUAGCAGUAUCCUUGAUGAGCUAAGAGAGUCAAAAGCUGUGGCAGACCCUUCAUUUCGACGUGCUCAGACUUCUGUAGGAGGCCGCAGGUUGCGAGGUGCAUCUCCAGUUUCCUUGGGCAGCUUCUCAGAAGAUGUGCAAGAAGAAAGCUCUCAGCUCCCAGAAUGGCUGGCGAAGGAGUUGCUGAAAGGGCAGCAGAGAAGUCACUCAAUUGGACUCAUGGAGAAUAUUGCAGAGAGUGAAAGUGUUCAGCAUCACUUUGACCCUGCCAGGAGUCUAUGGAAAGGGAAGAUUGAACAGCAACUGACCCUUGAACAACUCCAGAAAUUAAAUACAGCCUUUCAGGAGUUAGAAGAGAAUGGAUGUAAAUCAUUGGAUGUAGAGAAAUUCAAGCAGAUAGUGAAGAAGAGUAUGGCACCAUAUAACUCAAGUGAUGAACAAAUUGAAGAAUUUUUCAUGAAAAUUGACUAUGCUGCAACUGGAACAAUUCGGUGGGAUGACUUCUGCACAUACAUGCAGCUCGAAUACACUGAACAGGAUGGAUCCUCUGCCCGGCUGAAAAAGCUGACCUUCUCACUCCCUGCCAUGAUACAGGAACUCUCUUAUGGAGAGGCCAUCCUGCGCAUUAGUUCUCUGCCCGACAACACAUUAGUGAUAGCUAGAGAAGAUGGACUCAUUUCCUUCUGGUCUCCACAGCUACAGCAGAAACGAAGCAAGAUGGUCUUUGAAAAGCUCAGCAACAAGAAACCUAAGUGGGUGAUGGAUUUUGCUGUCAUGUCUCAGUACAACAAGCUCAUCCUGGGAACUGGUGAUCAUGAAAUUCAGUUUUAUGAACUCUCUAACUUUGAACCAUACUGCCAGAUCAGUAGCUUGGAAGCUAUCCCUUUACGAUUGGACUAUUGUAACACUGAUACAGAUGAGUGCAUGAUUCUCUAUGGGGAUGAUCAGGGUUGUGUCAAUAUUUUGCUCAUGUCUUCUGUGGGAGAGCUCCUGAGAAUAUGGAGAAAACUACCAAAAGACGAAAGCCUGCCUAAUAUUGGCCUGGAGAGUGCUGUUUGUUCUCUAAAUGUCACUUACAUUCGUUGGAAAGUGCAUGGCGAUUGGGUUACACAGCUAAACUACUGUGAUUCCAUGAAAGCAGUGAUUUCUACCUCCAGCCAUGAGUCUACAGCUCUAGUAAUAGGGUGCACUGUAGGGGCAACCAAUGUUGAACAGCAGAUGAAAGAAAUAAAAGAUUCUGGAAAAGAAUCAAGGGGGAAAAAAGUACAGAUGAUCCCCAGUGUCCCCACAAAGAGAGCUGAAGGUGAUCAGACAGUAUUCCGCAUCUACAAAGGAGUGAAAACAUUUGCAUUCUGCAAAAAAUACAACCUCCUAGUGACCGGAGGCAUGGAUCGGAUCAUCCGGCUAUGGAAUCCUUACAUGCCCAGACGACCAACAGGAAUGCUCAGAAGCCACAUGGCACCAGUCUUUUACCUCUAUGUAUCUGAAGAAGAUGCCAGAAUAUUUUCCAUGUCCACAGACAACACUCUUAAGAUCUGGGACAUUGAGGACCACAGCUGCUUGUUUACAGCUUGCUCAAAAAGCAGUGGAAUUAAAGGGGAGCUUACUGCCUGCCACUACAUACCAGGCACCCGAUCACUUUAUGUCGCCACGGAUACACUCGCUCUUCUUCAUCUGCGAUUAAGGCCUCCUCCAGAGCCCCAUUUGGUCAUUUCUCAUAAGGAGCCAGUUCUGUGCUGCAAGUACAACAAAGAGUUUAAGCACGUGGUGAGCUGCUCAGAAGGAUCUGUAGUUAAAGUGUGGGAUUUUGCAACAGGAAAGCAUUUGUUUGAGUUUUGUGAUGCUCAUGGAAGUGCUGCUAUCACCUGUAUGACCUUUGAUGACAGUGGAAGAAGGUUAGUUACUGGAGGAAGAGAUGGCUUCUUGAAAGUAUGGAAUUACAACAAUGGACACUGUCUGCAUACCUUGAAAAGGGAAGGCAAAUGUGAUGAAAUUUGUGACUGUACCUACGUGGAGGUGAAUAGAAACAAGUGUAUCAUAGCUGUUGGAUGGGACAGAAGAAUAAAUAUGUAUUUUGAUUCAGCAGAUGAUAUGCAUCAUUUUCAGAAACCGCAGCCCUAUUGGCAGGAUGACAUAAACCAUGGCCACAAGGAGGAUAUUCUCUGUGUUGCUCAGUGUCCACCUACUUUUCUUGCUACUUCCAGCUAUGAUGGUGAAAUAAUUGUUUGGAAUAUGAUAUCAGGACAUGUACACUGCAAACUUCACACCCCAACUCCCACGGAUAGUUCUGGCACAAAAGCUGUAGACCCAAGUGUUAAACAUGUCAUAUUUUUGAGGACUCGUGCAGUGAAGUUAAGAUGUACAGCAGCAUCUCUCAUUUCCAAUGGGCCUCAAGGUUCUCUUAACUUCUGGAGUCUGUUCAGUGCAGUUCCACUUGCAGCGAGUUUUAUACCUUCUAGAGUGAAAUCCCAGACCAGCAGCAUUGCUGUCACUGCCGAUGAUUCAUUUCUUUAUGCAGCAGAUGAGAGUGGAUACGUGUGUGUCUACAAUGUAAAGGAUUAUGCCCUUGGGGAUCCAAAGCAAGGACCGCCAAAAUAUGUGAACCACUGGAGAGCACAUGUAAAAAUGGUUGUAUCAUUAGAAGUUAUUGAGGAAGAAAAAAUGCUGUUGUCCUCUUCUGUAGAUUGUACAGUUCGUCUGUGGAGUCUGGAUGGAGAGUACAUUGGGACUUUUGGCCAAGAAGAACCUUGGGAAAUUUGUACUCCUGCCUCCUGGAAACAUCCCAUGGUGCCCUUUGAAAUUCUGAUAGAUCCCCAAAGCAUGCCCCAUCAUCCAGUGUUGGGAGGCGAAACUUCUGUCUGGCAAAUCAUAAGCUCAGACCAAAAUGAUGCAGCUCGAGAGAACUCUUUAUCUAAGCAUGAGGGGAGCUACAACCAUAAGCUCUCUCAAGUUACCAUUACAGAUGCAGAUAUCAAAGAGGAAGUUGACAAAUGGUCUUGCACAGAAGCUGUGGGCAAAAGUGUGAAGCAUGAGCUGUUCAAGAAUUUAACCAGACCACUUAAGCAUGGGGGACUGAGUCCUUACCGUACUAUCAACUAUUAUGAAAUGGCAAAUCCUGGCCUUUCCUCUAUACAUGUUCAAAAACCCAGCUGA